AUGGCUCCAGCUUUCGCCGCCACCUUCGAGAAUGCACCGGAAGUGCGCGACCCUAUCGACCUGGAGAUCCACGGCACCAUCCCGCCCUGGGUCAGCGGCGUGCUCUAUCGCACGGGUCCGGGAACUUACCGUGUAUCCACGACGGCCGACCCAUCGCGCACAGUCGACAUCCACCACUGGUUUGAUGGCAUCGCGAUGCACCACGCAUUCGAGAUUCACCCUGGCGGCACCCGUGUCACGUACCGCUCGCGUAAGGGCGCGGAGGACCUCGAGCAGGUUAUGGCAGACACGGGAUUGUAUCCGCGCACAAGCUUCGGGCAGCUGCCGGAGCCGUGCGAGGGCGUGUUUCGCAAGUUCUUCACGACGUACCAGGGAAUCAACGGCGUGCGCGACCCGUUAGCCAACGUGUCUGUCACACUAAGCCCUAACAUGCCUGGAUGGGACGUGGAGAAGUACGACCUCAAGGCCGAUGGGACGUCCUCUCGCCCGCGGUAUAUCGUCGCGAAGAGUGAUAGUGUGUAUCUGCAGCUCCUCGACCCUGUCACUCUGGAUCCUGUAGCCAAUGCGAGGUACGAGGACCUAGAUGAGCGGCUUCAGGGCCCGCUGUCUGCCGCGCAUGGGUGUCGGGAUCAAGAGACGGGUGAUUUCUAUAACUUUGUUGGCAAGUUGGGCGGUCAGUACCCCACGUACACCAUCUUCAAGAUAGGCACCGCAGACGGCAAGGCUGUCAUUUUAGCUCAAGUCAAAGACGCGCCCGCCGCCUACAUCCACUCCAUCACGAUGACGGGGAGGUAUGUCGUCUUCUGCGUAUGGGGGUCGCACCUCAAGCAGUGCUUGGACCCUAAAACCGAGGCCAAAUUUUAUGUAGUCGAUCGUGAGAAUGGCGGUAUCGUUGCCAGAUACAAGACCCCUACAUUCUUCUGUUUCCAUCAUCUCAACGCAUUCGACGACCCUGAGACAGGAGACAUCGUCGUCGACAUGGCCAUCUAUGAGAGCGCAAACAUCCUUCAGAACCUCUAUCUCGACAAGCUGCGCGACCUGAACGCGCAGAACCACAUGGCCGUCGGUUACGCCAGGCGUUUCCGCCUGCCUUCACCUACCUCCGCGCCGUCGCCCGACAUCGCGCGCGAUGCCAUCGUCGAGUUCACGACCCCGCAGUCGCAGAGCAUCGAGCUGCCGGUCGUCGCGCCGGCGUCGUACCACAAGCCGUACCGGUACGCGUACGGAAUUACCAACCAAGACCCCAAGGUGCACCACACGUUCGCGGACGGGCUCAUCAAGCUGGACAUGGCAGCGCCAGCGGGCGCGGGCAGCAAGGCGUGGCGGGCGCCGCAGCGCACGCCGUCGGAGCCGAUCUUCGUGCCGCGCCCGGGCGGGACGGACGAGGACGACGGUGUGCUGCUGAGCGUGACGCUGGAUGAGACGACGAUGCGGAGCAGCAUGGUCGUGAUUGAAGCGAAGGAGAUGACGGAAAUCGCGCGCGCUGAGAUGCCGCAUGUGUACCCGGUCGGGUUCCAUGGUGUCUGGUAUGGUGCGGGGCAGCGACUCUCAGGCCUGUAG